AUGUCGGACAGCGUCCACAGCGCGUCGAACAUGCUACCAGCAGCACAAGUGAGACCAGACACUGGACAUCAAUCACCUGGACCUGUCACGAAACCGAAUCCACGCCGAAAAGGGACAUGGUACUCCAUCCGUAACACAGCUUCGAAGCUCUGGCUGUCAGAGGCCUCCUGGUGGAUAUUCGGGACUGCAUGUCUGCUCGCCAUCGUCGGGACUCUCGCAGCCUAUGAUGGACGCAAGGUCCCGAGCUUUAGAUGGGGCAUCACGCUGAACACCAUCGUCUCAUUGCUAGCCUCUGUCGCGACUGCAGCCUUGAUGGUCCCGAUCACCUCCGGUCUUGCACAGCUCAAGUGGCUAUGGUUCCAGAAACCACGAAAGCUCUCAGACUUCGAGAUCAUCGAGGAUGCGAGAUCGGGCCCGUAUGGGAGCGUAAAGCUAUUGCUCGGCGCUACAGGAGGCUGGAUGGCGUGUAUCGGUGCUCUUAUCACCAUAGUCAUGCUUGGUUAUGGACCAUUUGUCCAACAAAUCAUCGCGACACCAACCAGAGGCACGGCACGCAAUGGCUCCUCGAUACCUGUGGCCCACUGGUACAACAGCACUUAUCAAGAUGAUGGGGCAGACGUGCCUCUGAACCUCAAAGCAGCUGUCCUCAGCGGUAUGCUGAGCACGAAUAACACUGCUGGCCAGUGGCUUGUACAGCCCACUUGCCAGACGGGCAACUGUACCUGGCCUUCGUACGCAAGUCUGGCGAUGUGUAGCACCUGCGCCGACCUCACGUCGCACCUGAACUCGUCGGUCCAACCUUACUAUGGAGGCCACGCCACCGAAUGGCAACUCCCCAAUGGCGUCAAUCUGACCGUACCUUUGGGCCAAUUCGGCAACACGAUGGUCGUGAACAACACCAACGAUGUCAGUCCUGUGACUGAUAUGGCCUUUGAGAGUGUGGCGUUCACGGAUAGCCUUUACCCUCUACUGGAUAUGUUCGUGGUUGUAGGCAACUACAGCUCGAAGCCUGACAAUCAGGGCAAAACGAUGCCAAUCGGACCAUUUGCUUCAGAGUGCCGAGUCACGUUCUGCAUACAACAAUAUAAUGCCAGCUCGACCAAUGGCUCGUUCUCGGAGACAGCGAUAGGCGCACCUGUACUCCUCAAUACGUCAACCACAGGUGUCAAUCUUGGAGAUGCAGAUAACAUCACCGCACCAUCGGGCGGCUUCACACUGUCUUUCGACGACCGAAACUUCACAAUCGACUACGGUGCCAUCAAAGCUUUCUGGUUCUACCUCCCGACUCUAUUCUCGGGUAAGUUGUCGCAAAGUGACAGUUUGAGUCCGCAACCACUGUGGCCGAGCGAUAUGGCACAAGCUGUCUUUCAGCAUCUAAACGCUACGCCGCAUACUCUGGAUAGCAUGUUCCGCAACAUCGCCGACAGCAUGACCCUGGCUAUACGAACGCAGUCCAGUGCUGACACCGUGGUGGAAGGAAAGUACUUUGUGCAGGAGACAUAUAUUCAGGUUGUGUGGCCAUGGAUUGCUUUACCGGCUACGGUGACGCUGGUGACACUCUUGUUCUUGAUUGCUGUUGCGGCGGCUAGUAGACGUGCUGGGUUGGAGCCCUGGACAAGUAGUCUGGCUGCGCUGUUCCAUGGUAUGAAGUGGCAGGAUGCUGAGGGGUAUAGCCAUCUUCAUGAGCCGGCUGAGAUGGAUGAAGCUGGUUCCGCGACGAGAGUCAUGCUGGUCAAUACUGGGAUGCAGCGAUAUCUGGAGGUGCACGAGGAUUCGACUAGCUACAUCCCAUUGCAGAACUACAAUGCGAAUGAUUGA